AUGAGCCUAUACGUGACGCCAACGUCGCUCCCCCAUGGCGCGCAAUUACUGCAGGACCCUGUCAAUCUAAAUGGAAUGCCCACAGAGUAUCAUGACAUUGUAUGUAUUGGAGCUGGAUUCAGUGGCAUAAGCAUGGCAUGCAAACUCAAGCGGCGCUAUCACAAGAUGCCCGAUAUGGUCGUCCUGGAGCGUCUUGGUGGGCCGUCUGGCACAUGGGAAGCGAAUCAGUAUCCGGGAUGUGCGUGUGAUGUUCCUUCGCCCCUGUACAGCUUGAGCUUCCGUCAGAAGAGUGACUGGAGUGGGUUUUUCCCACGCCAGCCCGAGCUUCGCGCGUAUAUUCACCAAGUCAUGGCAGAAUACGGCAUCGAAAAGCUAUUUCGUUAUUACACCGUUGGUCUUGAAGCUAGAUAUGACGCUGACACGCAUCUGUGGCACGUGGUGACGGCAACGUUUGACCCCCAAAACCCCCAGGUCGCCACCCAAUACACACACUAUGUAUGCAAACUUUUUAUUCAGGCUGUGGGGGGUCUUUCAGAGCCAAAUCACUGCGACAUUCCUGGACACGAAGAUUUUCAAGGACCCAUCUUUCACUCGGCCUGCUGGGACCACUCGGUGGACCUAAAGAACAAGCAUGUCAUUGUGGUGGGGAAUGGCUGCUCGGCCACCCAAUUUGUGCCUGAAGUCGCCAAAGAGGCCAAGCACGUAACGCAGUUUGUGCGCUCAAAGCACUGGUAUGGUCCCUCGCCCGACUUUGAGUUUGCCAAAAAGGACUGGUAUCGCUGGCUCUUGACCAAGUUCCCUAUACUCUUAUGGAGCCAGCGCUUCCUGAUUUGGCUGGUUCUCGAGUCGCAUUUCUCCAUGGCCACGAAUACUUGGUAUGGCAAGCUUAUGCGCCGUAUGUAUGAGAAGGAAUGCCGGGCGCAUGUGCAGAAAUUGGCGCCCCCCAAGUAUCACGAUCAGCUUAUUCCUCGUUCGAAUGAGCUCAUUGCCGCAUGCCGUCGUCGCGUGCUGGACAACACGUAUCUUCCGUCUUUGUGGCGAGAAAAUCUUGACCUAGAGACGAGUGAGCUCGUGCGUAUCGAGCAAAACGCUGUGGUGACAAAGGAUGGCCGUCGUAUCCCGGCCGAUGUCAUUGUGAUGGGCAAUGGAUUUUCUACCAAGGCGGCAGGCUCUCCCCUGAAAGUGCGCGGUAAAACUAUGAGCAUCCAAGAACACCAUGACAAGUUUGGAUUUGGAUCUCCUGUGUCAUACCGCACGGCCUACUUGACCGACUUUCCAAAUAUGUGCACGCUUGUCGGACCGAACUCGGGUACCGGGCAUAUGUCAGUCUUGUUCACCUCGGAGCGUGUUCAGGAGAUGCUCUUGAGUGUGGGAAAGGACGUGCUAGAGUCACCCAGGCCUCAUGACGACGCCAUUGCGCAUGUGCCAGGUGCGCCCAUGAAAGAGGUGCCUGGCCCAGAGAUCCCCACAUUUGAGGUCAAAGCAGAGGCUUUGGUCAACGAACGCAACUGGAUCGAUGCCAAGAUGGAGAAUCUCGUGUUUGUUCAGUGCGAUUCAUGGUAUCGUGACAGCAAGACGGGACGUGUGACUGGUGUGUACCCAGACUGGCAAUGGAAAUUCAUGUUGCGUUGUUGGUUCCCUGUGUGGAGUGACUUUGUCUUUACGGGCUCAACGUCAGGCGCCACGCAUCCAGCCUCUUCGCUGUGGCAAAAAAUUGGUGGUUGCUUGGGUCUGGGUACGAUUCCACGCGUCGCAUCACCCGCUGCGUACGUGACCGCUUUCGCCGCGGAGAAGUGA